UCUGUACACACCAUAAGAUUUUUCUCUUCUUUCUCGCUUUCAAAAUUCAAAACGGUGCGCAGGGCUUGUUAGGUUGCCACCAAAUUUUGUAGAUACAUUGCGGCUUCGAUCUGUUUCGAUUAUUUCUUCUAGCUUUAAUAUUCAUAACGCACUUCCCUGUAUUCACAAUCUUUUAACACAUUGCCGUUCUUCUUUGCAUUAAGGCUCUGAUCGAGAGUGAAGGUGUACAUUGUACUGCCAUUGUUCAAGCACUGUCGUUUCGAUCACUUGAAAUGGAUGUUUUUUCAUGGAUCCAUGAACCGGAACUGAGCUUCCAAAACGGCAACAUCUUUUGAGAAAUAAUCUGAAUUUCAAGGAAAAGAAGACUGCCGGAGAAAGAGAGGGCCAAAAGCAUGUGUACCACAGUAAACGUGCUGGACAGAGGAAAGCUCCACGUGGCCAGUUCCCAAUCCUUAAAUUUAACCACCUCCAACGAAGAUGAUUUUGCUGAAUGGUGCUUCACGCUUGCAUUUGUGGCUCGUUUGUUUGCUUAUUUUGCAGCUUUAGCAUUGCUGGUGGUCGUCAUGUUUAUGGUUAUGAAGUACCUUGAAAACUUUGGUGACGAGAGGAGCGCAGGGGAAGUGGGAGCAACCGAAACAAACCCGUUACGGCCAGAAAAGACAGUGCAAUUCACGUAUGGAACUUGUGAAGGAGAUUUGGAAUCGGGAAAUUGUACAAAUAGCGGCGGCGGCGCUAGUAGCAGCAAUAGUAAUUCCUCGGAGUCGGACGAUUUGUACAAUAAAAAAGUAUGCAUAAUCUGCUACGAUGAGCAACGUGAUUGUUUCUUUGUUCCUUGUGGCCACUGCGCCACCUGUUUUGUAUGUGCUCUAAGGAUUUUUAAUGGAGAGAACAAGACAUGCCCAGUGUGCCGAAGAUUGAUUGGCAAAGUAAGAAAACUUAUUGCCCCUCAGGAUUAAACCUUUUUUUUUUUGUUCUUUUUUUGGGUGAACAAAUACAUGUACGUUUUGGAAGAGGAUUAGUUUUCAGAUUAGCAAAUUAAAAAAUGAUUAACUGUCUUUUUAUAUCUUUUGUUCAA